AAUCGGCUCGAGGAGUACAUUGCUAACAAGAAGAACGACGGCACGGCGUACAACAGCUUGCUUCGACUCUGCCAACGGUUUACCAAGCGCUAUCGCUUCUCGCAACGAGUGCCACGUGCGACCAAGCUUCCACAAGUUGUUCUAGCAGAGACGAAAGCUACAUCUGCAAAGGAGUUUUGGGAAAAGUUCAAUGAUACCACGCCUUCAGACAUCACCAACGAGAAGGCAUGGAUGAACACCCGUGUGUGGGAGAUGUACUUGACUGAUCUGCUUAAGUAA